GCAGAUUUGUUUGGUAAACAGCAGCUGAUAUGAAGCUGUCAUAGAUCACAUGCGUAUCUGUAGGGGAAAAAUGAAUUCGUAGUGAUCAAUGAUGAUUUGGGUUUUUUAUUUUUUAUAUCGAAGUUGAUUUUACCUAUUUUAUGUGAUUUUAAUUGAAGUAUAUGGGCUCGCGAGCAGAAACGGCGCAGAAGUGAUACAUUGUAUCAAACGCGUGACGCGCCAUGUCAAUCAAAUGCCGCUACCUUGUUACGCUUCGUCACAGUUCUAGAAAUUCCAUUGACCUGAUUGAUCAUUUAUGACUAAAGACCGCUCAUCUGGAAUAUCAUCAGGACUGGGAGGCAUCGUGUGCCUGACAGGCUGUUUCGCAAUAUGCAACUACACUGAUUUGCUCUAUUGUUUUAGUUUGUGUCCAAAAUCUGUUGGGUUGCAUGCAGAAAUGUGCUGGGGUUUUUAAAUACCACCAUGCUGCGAUGGAUUCUGGGCGGUCGGGAUGCGCAGGGGGCAGUAGAGAAGAGCGCAGAGCUGUUCAUUGGGGAGGAACAGCCCAAAAACUGUUUCACUGAGAUGCAGGUGCUGAAAGGACACUUUGACAUUGUUCGAUUUCUGGUGCAGAUUGAUGACUUAAGGUUUGCAUCGGCAGAUGAUGAUGGCCUGGUACUUAUUUGGAAUGUUGAGACGGGUGAUUGUUUAUUGGAAUUGCGCGGUCAUACGCAACAGAUUACUGCAAUGACAUCAUACACCCUCAUCAGAGGCGGAAACGCGCACACUGCGCUCAUUACCGCAUCAUCAGAUCGUACACUCAGUUUAUGGGAUCCAGACACAGGAAACAGAGUUCAGAAUGUGUCUGAUCUACAGUCCUCUGUGAAGUGUUUGCUAGUGUUGGAUCGUUUAAAUGUGUGGCUCUCAGGUGGAAAUGAACUGUGUGUGUGGAACAGAGACUUUGAGCUGCAAUGUAAAACUGUUCAUCUCAGCGAUGCAGGUAUCUCGGCCAUGGUGGAAAUCCCGAAGAACUUCAUAGCAGCUGCCAUAGAUAAAGAGAUUGUGAUAUUUAAGUUGAAUGUGUCUGGUUCAGAUAUUGCUGUUAUGGCCAUGCGGCAUCUAGCUGAACAUCAGGACACAAUCCGAUCUCUCAUCAAGAUCAAUGGUGAUCUUAACAUACAUGACACAUUAUUUGCGAGCGGCUCUCAUAUUGGUGAGCUCAUCCUCUGGGAUUAUGUCGAUUGGACGAUCCAAGUUUAUGAGCUCAUUCUGUGGGAGGAGCCAGCGGGAGAUGAGGUCCGACUGACUAACCAGAAACAAAUUGAGAGGUCCAUUCAACACAUGAGCUCUGAUGGAGAGAUAAUAGUGGCAGCUGUGGGCAGUGGUCUUUAUGUUUAUAAUGUGCCAAUGAAGAGUGUAGUGGCAUACAGGAAGAUCGCUCAUGAUUCUAAUAUCUUACACACCAUGCUGCAGGAUGAUGGGCAGUUAAUGUCAUGCUCUGAGGAUGGUAGUGUAAGGAUGUGGGAGUUGCAAGACCUCCCCUUACCUGCUGAGCCCGCGUCUUCAGGGAUUUUUGGGAUAUUUGGCACCUUUGGCAGGUCCAGUAAACAGAACGGUCCUCCUGCCAAGAAACUCCCAGCAGUCCAUGGUCUGCGCUCGCUGGAACCGACAGGCGAUCUGAUUGGUCACUCUGGAGCUGUGCAGAUGUUUCUGAGUUUCAAGGAGAAGGGUCUGGUCACCUGCUCCACGGAUCACCUGGUCAUCGUGUGGAAAGAUGGAGAGUUGCAGUCGCAGCUGCGCAGUCUCGCCCUCUUCCAGAAACUGGAGGACAACCAGGGACUAUGAAAAUGUAUUCCCAGGCCUGGGAUCAGUUUCUGUGUACUGAAAGCAUCAUUUAAUGCAUGCAAGUGCAGUUUAACUGUUGAACACUUUUCUUUGCCUUACAAAUUCUUUCAAAACCUUACAUUACAUUGUCACAAUGUGCUUUAAAACAUUAUUAUGAAAUGGGUGUUGUAAUUUUAACUUGAUGGUUUUAUAAAUGGCUGUUAAUUCAGUGUCUUAUUGGAAUUUUUAAAAACAUGUAGUUUUGUAUAUACUAGGUGACUGACAUGAUAUGAGAAUAUUUUGUGUUGUUUAUCUUAUAUAAUUGUAAAUCUGAAUGUUUGAUUGCACAAAUAACACGAAUACCUCUUGAAUGUAUGCUUGUGUAGUCUUUGGUAACACUUUCCAGUUUCUGUUUCUAUAUGUUAAAAUUAGGUAAUGCAUUAGGUAUCAUGAAUUAACAAUAAACAAACUAUUUACAGCAUUUAUUAAUCUUGGUUUAUGUUGAUUUAGAAAUAUACUAUUCAUUGUUAGUUCGUAAUAUAUUAACAUAUACAACUUUCAAAGUUAUUAUGUGAAAUGAACCAUCCAAGAUUAAUAAAUGCUGUAAUAGAAAAGUAUUGUUCAUUGUUAAUGUUAAUAUAGACACAAUCUUAUUGCAAAGUAUUACAUUAGCAAGACUGCAGUUGAUUUAAGCUUGGUGUGUAAAUGUGAAUUCAGAUCAAAAAGACUUUGAAAAGAAUUGCAAAUUUUUAUUUUGUGUGUGUCACAAACACAAUGGUUUCAAACUUGGAGAGACAUCUCCAAACGACAGUAAAUGUAGACAAAACGAACAACAGUAAAGCAAAUUUUAAGCAACAAAGAUUCUUUUGUACAACUGACAAUAAAAUAAAAUCCUUCAAAAGACAAAACCUGUAGAAUGACAUGUGGUAAUUUUUACUCCCAGUAAUAUUGUAUUUGUUCAUUAAAAAAUAUUGUAUAUACACUUGCACAGGGGAUAAUGCAGUUUUGUGCAUUCCCCAUAGCUAUUCUUCAAAAAUACAGUAAUUGGCACAUAAUCUGAAUCCAAUGCAGUUUACGCUCACUAAUCAAACCUGUCCAUGUGUAAUUUAGUUCUCAGAGCAUGACCUGCUCCUAAUUAUUAUGUCAUUGUUGGGCCAUAAUGGCAUGCCAGCAGGAGAGCCCUUUCAUAGUGAGGGUGAAGGAUGUAUAGUAUCUGAAAAUAAUCAACACAACAUUCAAAUAUGACCAGGGACUGUUCUACAUCUAUCACGAGACAAUGAAUUAUCAUAGAAACAAAGUUUAUUUAUAUAAUUUUUUCUUCUUUGUCAAAAAUACUUUUGGUUGUUGCAAAAUGAAAGUGUUGAAUUACAACACAAAAUGGUCUGUGCACGGAAAUCUGAAAUGGUUUUGGCUGCACCGACUGCGAUAAUGGAGGAAAACAAGUAAACGUACUUCCCAUUAGUCUAAGCAUUUCUGCAAACUUUACCUGGAGAUUCCCUCGUGAAAGAAUUUAAGUACAGCUGAAACUGCGAUACUGAACUUUAAGAACAAUUCUCAGAGAAUACAGUAAUAACUCCAUGUCUCAAAGGAAUAGUCAAUCCAAAAAUGAAAACUCGUAUCAUUUACUCACCCUCAUGCCAUUCCAAACCUGUAUAAAGUUAUUUUUUCUGUGGGAAAAAUCCACGUCAGAUUAUUUGAUUAGCCAAUCAAAAGACUUUGAAGCACUUUCUGCCUGUCAAUCAUUCAGCGCGUUUACAGGGCAGGCCAUAUAUGAACAAAAGGAAGCUGAGAGCGUGAUGCUUGUCCGUUUGUCGCGUGAGAACGCAAGUUUGCUACCGUUGCUUUUGUCAACUAGUUGUGCAAGGUCAGUGUAACUAGGUUUACUGACACCAAAUUGCAUAUUUAUUUUUCUUACCUGUGAAAUUAAGAAGCUCUCCUGCGUCAUCUCUCAUUAGCUCACCGGCUAAAUCUCAUGGAAGUUCUAGAACGGUUAACAUCGCUUACAGCACCUUUAAUAUCACAAUGGAACUUUGGAAUCAAAGAAUGAAACAACAAUGGCUGCCAUGGCAAGACGUUCCAUUUUUCAAACCGGAUCCAGAAUGUAAUCUCAGGCUCAACGCUCCACACUAAGUGAAUGAGGACAGGUCUAGCCUGUUGUGUGUUGAUAAGAGAUUAAGGCAUGUUCCUGAAUUCGGUCUCUAAUAUCAUUACCCAUUUAUAUCUGGAAAAUAGUCCAUAUAAAUUCCUAGUUAAACAUCUGAACUUGAAAAGAGAUUCAUUUUGUACAUAUUUUCUUCUAAAUUGCCUAUAAACCCUGUGUCUGACAGUAAAAUGAAACAGUUUGUUCUAGGGCAGGACAAUGCCGGUUUACAGGAGCCCUGAUUUGACAUACAGUAGCUACAGAAAGACAGGAAGAGAGAGGACGAGAAGGGAGAAGAACAGGAAAAGAGGGGAAUAGAUACACCAUUUUAUGACCUACAUUUCCAUUAAAAGUCCUAUAUAGAAGUUCUAGAAUGUUCUAUGGCUUAUCUCUCUUGGUUCUAAACCCAGAACCAGAGCCCAAGACCAAACAGAUCAUAUCAAAACUCAUCUGAGCUGUAGACCAAAAACUCUCCACACACACACACACACACACAAGAAAACAAGCAGAUCAGCAGUCCAAGAUUAAUUUGUUCAUUGUGGAAGCUCAGAGCCCAUAAGAAACUAACAAACAUACGAGAUCUCUUAUAUAUCUCAGUUGUGUCUCAAAGACAGACAAUUGCUCCACUACCUUUAAUGCACUCUGAGCCUUUCAUUUUCACUGGUGUGCAAGGGUGUAAUAUUUGUAUAUUAGGUGCAAUAUUUGUAUUUGUUUAUUUGUAAAUCUGUAUAUUAUAUAAUUGUGUUGUGUGUGUGCUGAAUGUAUUGUGCUGUGACCAAACACCAAGAAGAAUUCCUAAUACAUGUAAAUGUAUAUGGUGAAUAAAACUGAUUCUGAUAUAAUUGAGAACAAUUUGAUAACUUUUGGUUAAGUUUCCGGCAUCUUAGACUUUUCUCCUGGAAACACCCCCCAGUUUUCUCACAUGCCACCUCUAUAUUUUCAGAAGAGAUGUCACCAAAUGUAAAAAGUGUGCUCAAAUUUGCCAAGGUCUGCAAUCAAAAGUAAAUUAAACUCAAAUAAUUCUCAUUAAAUUAAAUUCUCAUUUAAAUGUUACUGUGCCUUUGGCCAAUCAAUACAGCCAUACAAUGGAGUUGGUCUUCAGCGUGCACACACAAACAAACAAACUAUACACAGCAUUAACAUGGACAGGAAUGCACAACAGGAUGUUGCAAAACUGCCAGCAACCUCCAUCUAACAUCCAUACUCUGAAACGUUACCGUAUCCAUAAUCUCUAUCCUAAUGUAUCCCAAAUAAAAAACUCAAACUUAUUGUGCUGACAUGAAAGAACAUUUUGGAAUAAAAUGAACCGUUGUGCAAUAAAGUAUGGUUUGUUCAUUUCUUAAAUCGUUCUUUAAUCAUCUAAUAAAGACCAUUUAAAAAAUAGCAUGUGGGGUUUUGUUUUGGAUUUCUUGACCACGGAUCAUUGAUUAUACCGCUAUGAAAAAUGAACAAAACAAUUUAUCCUAGGAAACAAACAAACAAACAUUUUUGUGAGUUCUUUGAUACUUGUGAUUGUGAUACCGUCAAUGGAUUUCCAGAAUGUUUGCAGUUGUCUGAAUUUACCACUAGAGGGUGACCAGUGCAUUCCUUAUUAUUUUCACUGUAGAUCAUAUUUAAACUUUUGACACAACUUGUAGCAAACCUGACAUAUCUUCUAUAAAUCCUUUUCUUCCUUUGAUUACAGUUGCAUAGUCUGGGUAGCUCUAAAUAAAUGAAUAAAUGGGCAAAACUGUAUAUACACUCUAAAGCUGUCGAUUGGCCAUAUAUGGUAUUAUAGCAGUGUUAAACAUUGUUUUUAAAAUAAACCGCUGGAACACUUUCUAUGAAGCAUGUACAUUAUAAAGGCAUUUUAAAUGCAUUAUAGUGCAUUCAUUAUAUCAUAUAAUACAUCUUAUUUGUAUAAUCACACCGUAAAUAAUUUAACCUCUUGAGACCGAGCAUGAUUG